ACAAAAUUGUGUAUGCUUAAGCAUGAUUGUGCACAGACAUAUACCUGCUGACACACAUUCCAAACUAUGCAUAAUGCCUAAUGACACCAAUGCAGAAAUGUCUACUUUCAUCUCUCUGUGUAUAUGGCUACACAUGAAGUAAGCAAAUAUAAUCUAUUGUAUAUUUAAAUGUUGUCCAAUCCAUCUCCAUAUACAUUUUAUACACAGCUUUGGCUUCAACCCUAUCAAACACAUGUAAGUGCCAGAAGAGAGGGAUAAAGUCGUGGUGCAAAUCAAGUGACAGUUUCUCCUCAAAAACAUAGAAUUGGCAGUAAAGUGUUAAAUAAGUUGUAUGGCAGGAUCCUUUCUGCUUUGAACAACUUUAUCAACAGCAUCUUGACUGGAUUUGGGUUGUUCACCCCACCUGCCCUACACUUAACCCUCAUCUCCCACACUAUAACUCACAUUAACUACAUUGCACACACUCUGUAAGUCUCUCAUCUGAACUCGACUAAACCACAGCUUUAGAAAACACUGAAGACAGUGGGCUUUCCCUGAACUACCCUCACUUUCAAAGGCAAGAAAAAAAACGUUAGCUCUAGGAGAGUUGCUGGUAUGCCCUUAGAAACACUGAGUGACAAGUUAAAAUGUUAAAAUGUGUUGACACAAAUAUGGUAGUUAGUGGAAAUAUAGUUGGGGGGGAAAUAUAGCAGAAAAUGUAGUUUUUUCUUAUAUGAUAUUUCUUGAUAAAUACCACCGGCAAACUGAUGACCUGUUUGUCUUUCCCGUGCUUCUUUCCAAGGGCAAAGACAGUGAUGAACAGCCACAGCUGACAGUGGACGUUGAGGAGCCACACACGGAGGUCCUGGAGGAGACUGUGGACAAAGGUGAAGAUUUGGUUUACUCCCUCAAUGACAGGCCACCAUGGUACCUCUGCAUUCUGCUUGGCUUCCAGCAUUACAUCCUCGCUUUCGGCGGCAUCAUUGCAAUCCCACUCAUCCUGGCUGAGCCUCUGUGCAUUAAGGACAACAACGUCGCCAAAAGCCAGCUCAUCUCCACCAUAUUCUUUGUGUCAGGGUUAUGUACACUGCUACAGACGGCUGUCGGCACCAGGUUACCGAUCCUUCAGGGUGGGACCUUCAGUUUCAUCACUCCGACCCUGGCCAUUCUCGCUCUGCCGAAGUGGCAGUGUCCAUCCCCAAACUCCCCAGUUAUGGUGUCCAUUGACACGCAGAAUGGCACCAGGCUCAUAGAAGAUUCUGAUGAGGUCUGGAUGUCACGAAUGCGUGAGAUCCAGGGAGCCAUCCUGGUGUCGUCUCUGCUGCAGAUUGUCCUGGGCUUCUCCGGGCUGGUGGGCCUGGUGCUCAAAUAUAUAGGCCCUCUGGCUAUCGCUCCCACCAUCAACCUAAUCGGCCUGUCGCUGUUCAUUGAGGCUGGAAAGAAGUCUGGAGGUCACUGGGGAAUAGCUGCUCUCACCGUCUGCCUGAUCCUCCUUUUCUCCCAAUAUCUCAGCAAAGUCGAUGUCCCAAUGAUUGCAUACAAGGAUAAGAAGUGGAAGGUUUUCCAGUAUCCGCUGUUCAAGCUCUUUUCGGCUUUGUUUGGAAUGUGUGGCAGUUGGCUGGUCUGCUUCUUACUGACCAUCUUUGACGUCCUGCCUUCAAAGUCGAAUGAGUAUGGCUAUUCAGCCAGGACCGACAUCAGCCUGGACGCUGUAGCAAACUCCCCCUGGUUCCAUGUACCUUACCCUGGUCAAUGGGGUAUGCCAACAGUAAGUGUGUCUUCAGUGCUGGGUAUGAUGGCAGGCGUCUUGGCAUCUACCAUGGAAUCAAUUGGUGACUACUACGCUUGCGCUCGCUUGUCCGGUGCCCCUCCACCACCUACUCACGCCAUUAACCGAGGUAUUGCUGUAGAGGGCAUCGGCUGCAUCCUGGCUGCACUUUGGGGAACUGGAAACGGCACCACCUCCUAUAGCCAGAACAUCGCUGCACUAGGCAUUACCAAGGUUGGCAGCAGACUGGUUCUCCAGACGACUGGUAUUCUCAUGAUCAUCCUGGGAAUCUUUGGGAAAUUUGGAGCAGUUUUUAUCACCAUCCCAGAUCCGGUCAUUGGAGGCAUGUUCCUCGUAAUGUUUGGAAUGAUUGCAGCUGUGGGGAUAUCCAACCUUCAGUAUGUGGACCUGAAUUCAUCCCGUAACCUCCUCAUCCUCGGCUUCUCUACCUUCAGUGGACUUGUUUUACCCACCUGGUUUCACUCCAAUCCUGGCAUCAUUGACACAGGAAUAAAAGAACUGGACCAAGUCAUUGUUGUGCUCUUCACUACCCACAUGUUCAUCGGAGGAUUCCUUGGGUUCAUCUUGGAUAACACCAUUCCAGGUACUGAAAAAGAGCGGGGCAUCAAAAGCUGGCAGGAGAAGGUGCACCAGGAGGGCAAAAAAAUGUGUGACCAAUCUUGCUAUGAUAUCCCUUUCUGCAAUGGUAUUUUGAAACGGUUUAGAUGUUUUCAGUACCUGCCCUUCCUCCCUUCUUACAAAACCAACCAAUAGGGAACAUCCAAGUAAUGAAGUGCUACCCUACAGGGUGGCCUUUUGGGCCGGUAAAGCCAAACAGUAGUUUACCUUAGUAUUGAGAGAUAGAACAAGUGGAAUGGGGAAUUGCAUUGAAAACAGGCUUCUAACCUCACAUAAACAUUAUUGGCUCAUAGGUUGUUUCAUUGCUUUACAUUAUUCAUGGUGAUGUUAAAUUGUCAGUGGAGCUAUAAAUAUGCUGACCACCAAGCUGAAUCUGUUCAUACUGUGCUGAGGCUUGACCGUCUUUAUUACAGUGUGAGGGAAUGAGAAAUCCACUUUUCUGUUAAAUAAAUACCAUCUUAUCCCAACCACAUAUCAUCUUGAGCACUUCAAGCCUUUUGUCCUAGUAUAAAGUCAGAAACUGAUUCAACUGAUUUCAUAGGAAAUAGUUGGAAUUUCCACAAUUAACCCACUCGAAAAGCAAAAAACAGCUGUAUACAGUGAAGAGGAAUAAUCAGAUAUAAUAUAUUAAAGAGAUACAUUUAAUUUAAAGAGAAACAUUUAAACAUUUAUUAGUUUUAAUACAUAUUAUCUCAAUGAAUUUAAUAUAUAUAAACAUAAAUUUAUACAUAUUUUUAUAGACAUCUCUUGCGAUCAAAGGAAAGUAAGCUUUACAUUGAAAAAAAAUUGGCAAAUCAAUGGACUAAUGUAUUGUUCCAAAGCUAAGUCAGAAUUGACGUGUCAUUUUUUAUUUUCUCUAUUGUGUUAUUUAGGUUUUUGCGUGUAUAAAAGGUAUGCAAAGUCCAUAGUGAGGGAGCUCCACAAAAACACUGCUCCUGAGGACCUGAAACACCUCAUCUGUAGGUUGGUUGAAACUUACAUAAUAGUGAUGUCACGUGAUAAUUAUUUAUGUUACGUGACAGUGGGAUGCCCCACAUUUGCUAAAUGCACAUUUAGUAGGUAAAGCCAGGAAAAGCAGCAUUGUCCAAAUAUGCUAGAAUCAACUGACCAAUCAUUGCAGACCGGCCUCUAUCGGGACCGGGGCCUGAAAGAGACAGGAGCUAAAACCACGAGUUUCAGACGGAGGCUGAAAAAAGGAACAAGUAGCCUAUGAGGAAAAGUAGAGCAUUUUUUUUUAACAUUUCAGCAUUUUAAAAUAAUAACCCAAAGUGAACUCAUGAACCUGUAUAUUAGCAUAUGUUGCCUUUAAAGCCUCACACAAAGCCUGACUGAAUAAUUAUUUGUGUCCCGAAGCUCUAAGGUGUUAAGAACGCACAAAUUUUCAGUACGAUGAUUACUACCUCAACAACAACAAUGGCUAAGAGGAACAUAUAAUUAAUGAAAUAGUAUUCUGUUAUGUCUUUGAAAAGAGCUGUUUUCAUCAACAUUACUGCUUUAUACAGUACAUUUUGUCCUUUGUCACUGUAAAAUAAGUACAUUUGUGAUUUUUAAAUAUGAUGAUUUUACAUUUAAGAAUGUGUUACUUUUAGUUUUUGUACUAUAACUUUGAAUCGAUUAUAACCUAUGACAAUAAAGGUUUGUUGUUAAA